AUGUCGGCCAAAAAAAUAGAGCGGAAUAAGAUGAUGCAUGAUGCAUCGUAUCAGAUCGUAGCUCCAUAUUUUGGGUCAAUGAUUUCUGGGCCACACGGUGGCCUUAAAGACAAGAAUCCAAAUCAUCAACCAACUAAAUUCCACAAGUAUCAUUGUUGUGACAGUGAUAUGUGGCAUGUCAGAAGAAUGAGACAAGAUUUGAAACCCUACCGUGAGGGACAUGCCUUGCGAGUUGAACUUUUGGAGAUAAGGUUUUUUGAAGAAACCAAGGACAUGCCUCACAAAUUCAAAUUAACUCUUCACGCCUCCAAACCAAGAAAGGAAGAAGAGAGAGAAAACGUGAGAAACUUCUUCGCUCGCAAUUCCGAAUAUACAAAACGAAGACACAACAACACAAAACACAAACAACUGUCUCGGCUCUCCCUUCAAACAUUCACCAACUUCUUCACUGGCCUCACUCAGCGUGCAUUUAUUGCAAAGUGUGAAUGUAUGAUGUCUUCCUCUUCCAUUUUUGCUUUUGGGUUUUCCAAAAGAAGAAUGAGGGUUUUGUCUCUACCUUUUGUUGUUCUUUUUGCUUGUUGCAUUGGUUUUAGACUGGGUUUUGGUGAUGGUGUUUUUCAAUUUUGUCGCACAGAUUGUUGUGGAUUGGUUUUGUUGUUGUUAGUCAUCUAUUUUGGUAUUUGCGAUUUUCAUAGGGGUUCUGCUUUUGAGAAUAAUAACUGGGACGAGUGA